AUGCAAUUUCGCAAAGUAAUUUGUUACAGUUAUGCACAUAUUCAACCGACUCUAAUCUCCAGUUCAUUUCGCAAUUUUUCGACUUCAUCACAAUUAUUCAAACACCAGCAGCAAAGAUAUCGUGAGGCUAAAGUAACUGUAAAUGAAAAGUCGAAGAGUAGACGGGAUGCUGCUCGUGAACUAUUGAUGAAAACAAAUAGGACGAAGUGGGAGCAGGAAAUGGCUCAAUUAAAUAUUUUGAAAGGUCGAAUUCCAACUUCCGAUACUUACUUAAUAUCUGAAUUUGAGCCGAAAAAAUACAGUUUGUCAGAAGCUGUUGAGCUACUGCGUGAAAGUGCCCAGCCGGAUAUGUAUGAUUGUAUGGAUAAUCCAGUUCGAGUUAAGGUUACGCUCAAUAUGUGUACAAAGAAGAAGACAAGGUUCAUACCGAAAUUUGAAAGUAAUCUCGUUCUACCAAAUAUAUUAGAUUUUAUGCCUGCUCGUCGAGUAUUGGUCAUAUGUCAAAAUUCAGAUGAUCGUGAGGCAUAUUUAACUGCUGGUGCUUAUGAUGCUGGUGGAUCAGCACUUAUCCAACGUAUAAGUCAAGGUCACUACCAUUGGGGUGAAUAUGAUACUGUUGUCGCUCAUCAAAGUUGGGAAAGUCAGGUGACAAAAUUACGACAUAUUUUAAAAGAAAGACUACCGACAAUAAAAAAUGGUAGAUUUGGUGAAGAUAUGAUGGAACUGAUGUCAAUCCAUUCGAAUAGUAUUCAACUGGAAUCAACCUCCAUUGAUGGUGUUCCUGAAAUUGGAUUACUGGAUAUAAUUUUGGGUCAGCUCUCAUGGGAUUUCAAUCGACUAGAAGAGAAUUUACGUAGUUAUUUGGAAUGUAUUGAAUCACAAAAGUCAUCUAGAAUUAUAAAUGAGUUCAUUCAAUCCGGUGAAAUUCAUUGUCCACCAACUGGUGAACGUUUUAUUUUAGAUAUUUCACAAUAUUGUUCUCUUGGUAACAAAUCUAAAGCAAAUCAACUUGUUGAUGAAGGUGAAGAAGAAGAAGAAGAUGAUGAUGAUACAAUUGAUAUGAUGAGUAUACAAAUAGAAAAACAACAAAAUACAAAUGAACUUGAUAUUUGAACCUCUUGUUAUUAACUAAUUAACACCUAAUGUACAUGUACAUAUUAUUAUUAUUAAAAUACACUGAUUUCCCAAUUC